AUGUCCAUCAGAGUUGGCACUAUAAUAGAGUUGGAGCGUAACAACCCCCAACAAGUUAAAGAUGAAGAAAAGUGGUACAGAAGUGUUGAGAGCAACGAUGACAUGUUUGCAAGCAUCAACAAAGUGAUUGAGGAUGAAGUAGAUGUCAAGAUACUUAACUCUCCUUUCAUUGGUGUAAUUCUGGAUGAGACUACGGAUGUUAGUAUCAACAAAAAAUUGAACUUGUACGUUCGCACGGUGGAAAAUGGUAGACCAGUUGUUCAUUUCUUCAGCAAUGUCAAAAUACCAGAUGGCAAGGCAGAAACCAUUAUCAACCAGCUAUUUACCCAAUGUGCAGCGAAAGGUCUGGACUUUGCAAAAAUAAUUUCAAUGGCCAGUGAUGGUGCCUCAGUGAUGCUUGGCAACACAACUGGGGUUGGUGUGAGGUUUAAAAACGCCAACCCCAGGUUAAUCCACAUUCAUUGUGUGGCUCACAGGUUGGCAUUAGCUGCUGCACAGGCCUCACUAGUAACGGCACUUGAUCAUGAGGCUGCUAAGCCGGGUGUGGCAGGGGCAGGAAAUCAGAAGGCUCAAGGUAUUCUGGAUAAAGUAAAAUCCUGCAAAUUUGCUUACCUGACCGCUUUCUUUGUGGAUGUGCUCCCAAUAUUGUCAAAGCUCUCAAAGUUCUUUCAGGGAGAAACUGUCAGCAUUUGUGGUGUUAGGCCUAUGGUUACUUCCACAACCAACAGGUUAAACGAUUUCAAAGAUGAAGAUGGUGUAGAGCUGUCUAGAUUUACUAAAAGUGUUGAUGAGCAGGAUGGCAAGUAUAGGGGUAUUAAACUCACUUAUGUUAAUUUAAUGCCCAGUUGCAAAAAGGCUGCAGAAUCGUACAUUGAAAAAGUUGUAGAAAACAUUGAACAACGAUUUGACCCAGAGUCAAUGAACAUCUUGAUUGACCUUGACAAGGUAUUGAACCCUGUUCAUCUUCGGGGCCUCCCUGCAGCAGACAUCAGAAAUUAUGGUAAGGAUUCCAUUAUUGAAAUUCAAGGGCGCUUUGGUCAUGCAGUCAAUGCUCAACUAAGUGUCAAUACUGAUGGGGAACUAACUGAGGAGGAGAAGGAGCUUCCUCCACUCAUUGAUUCAAAGCGCCUGGAAGAGGAUUACCCUCAAUUCCAAGUACAUGCUGAAGUCUUUUGCGCAUAUGUCACUGCUCAAUAUGUGUGA